UCACAGCACUCGGCCAUGUUUACAAGGUUAAAGGCGCUUGUUGGGGCUCCUGAGCCUCCACCAGCUGGAGCAGCUAAGACAAAUGGAUUUAGCUUCAUUUUGUUUCCAUCGCCUCCUGAAAUCAAGGAGACCGACCAACCAAAAGCGGAGACAAAGCAAGAGGAACCAGCAAGAGAGAACAAAAAAGAUGAGGAAAAGAAAGAGGAACCAGCAAAAGAAUGCCAGAACAAAAAAGAGGAAGAAAAGAAAAAGGAAGAACCCAAGAAAGAAGAACCAAAGCCAGUUCCUGCCCCAGAGGCUCCUGCAAAUCCUGUCAGUCCAGAGGGAGCAGAAGGUGACGAGAAAGCAGCGUCACUUCCUCCACCUCCUGUGGUCUACUCCCGUUGCACAGACGAGACUCUCAGAUGGUUGGUCAAAACAAUGAGGGACAAAACGGAGUUGCUCAAAGAGAAAGUCAUUGAUCCGUACGCCACCUCUCCAGAAAUCACCCCGCCUGUCACGCCCAUUCUGAAGAAGGAUGAAUACCACAAACUGAAAGAAGAGGAGCGGAUAGCAAAAGAAGAAGCGGAGAAGAAGAAGGCGGAGGAAGCGGUCAAAAAGGCAGAGGAGAAAAAGAAGAAGGAUGAGGAGAAAAGGCUGGAAGCUGAGAAAAAAGCAGAAGAGGAGAGAAUAGCAGAUGAGGCCCUCAAGAAACAAAAGAUGCUCCCAGAUAUUCAUUUCACUUUACUGGAUAUCCUCUUUCGACCUAUAGAAGAAAAACUGGAUACUGUCCUGGGAUCCACCAUCGAUCCUUUCACGGAUCGCCGUUACAUCGCUUGGUUGGGCAUCGUAGCGCUGGCGUACAACUACAAUAUUUGGUUCUGCACGGCCCGCUUGGCUUUCCCCUUCCAUAACGACACGGCCAAUCGAUACUGGAUCACUUUGGAUCUUCUGAGCGACCUAAUAAACGUUGUGGACAUCAUGGUUUGGCAGCCUCGGCUUCAGUUUGUCAAAGCUGGUGAUAUUAUUAAAGACAGGGCCAUGACGAAGGUACAUUAUCGGAAAUCACCUCGUUUUAAGACUGACAUCAUCUCCGUCCUCCCCUUUGACCUUCUCUGCCUUUACUUUGAAUUUUCUGCCAUUUACCGACUCAACCGCUUCAUCAGGAUUGAGUCUUUCUUUGAAUUCAGCGAUCGACUUGAGAGUGUAAUGGCCAAAGCUUACAUCUGGAGAGUGGCUCGCACCACCGGCUACCUCCUCUUCAGCCUCCAUAUCAAUGCGUGCGCUUUCUAUGUCGCCUCAGUAUACCAGGGCCUCGGCACCAGUACGUGGGUCUACAACGGGAACGGGACAGCGUACAUACGAUGCUACUACUUUGCAGUGCGCAGCCUGAUCAAUAUCGGCGGACUUCCCGAACCCACAAACACUUAUGAGAUAUCCUUUCAGAUGACCAACUUUUUCAUUGGUGUCUUUGUGUUCUCCAGCCUGAUUGGCCAGAUGAGAGAUGUCAUUGGAGCAGCAACAGCAGGUCAAACAUAUUUCCGGGCAUCAAUGGAUGGCUGCGUAUCUUACAUGAACACUUACACAAUUUCAAAGUUCGUCCAGAAUAGAGUAAGGACCUGGUACAACUACACGUGGGCUGCUCAGGGCAUGCUUGACGAGUCCGAGCUGCUGGAUAAAAUGCCUCUGGUGAUGAGAACCGCCAUCGCUGUGGACAUCAACCUGGCGACCUUCCAGAAGAUUGCUCUCUUUCAGGGCUGUGACCAGCAGAUGUUAGUGGACAUGCUACUUCGGCUCAAAUCAAUUGUUUAUCUUCCUGGAGAUUUUGUUGUGAAGAAAGGUGACAUCGGUAAAGAGAUGUACAUCAUCAAGAGCGGAGCGGUGCAAGUGGUGGGAGGACCUGACAACAGUAUUGUUUUUGUCACACUAAAGGCUGGCUGCGUCUUUGGAGAGAUCAGUUUGCUGCAGUCUGCCAAAGAUGGAGGGAACAGACGGACGGCGAAUGUCAAAGCGUACGGAUUCGCUAAUCUCUUUGUUUUAGAGAAAAAGGAUUUGUUUGAUAUCCUGGUGCACUACCCGGAGUCUCAGAAAGUUCUGGCCCGAAAGGGAAGGAAAUUGACCAAGGCCAAACAACCUGCAGGUGCUAAAGAUGAGGAAAAGCCAAAAGGUCUGGCUGGCUUUCGCCCCAAACCACCAACACCAAAAAUCAUGAAAGCGUUUGCCAACUUCCGCAAACUCUCGAAAGAGUGA